CCUCCUCUUUCUGUCUGAGACUCGGUGCAUUUCUCACAGAGGAUCUGCAGAAUAAUGGAGUCACAUCCUGCAGCAGCUCUCUGCCUCUGUGCUUUCAGCCCAGCAGAGAUCAGGCUGGUGCUCAUUUAAACCGGGGAUCUGUAAUUUACUGGGAAGUUGCCUUUUUUAAUUCACAGCACAAGGACUUCUUUCAUAUAUAUAUUUUUUUGCGUCAUGUCUUUUUAUGUCGCCUGACUCUUUCCGUGUUUUGAUGUUUAUAGCGUAUGAGGGGGAUUAACAGGCCCACCAUGGUUUUUCCAACAUAAAUCAACAGUUUUUUCCAACGUUUUAGUGCAGCCUGCUUUCUGUUUACCUAUAACGGGGAAUGGGAGGACGUCAUUAGGUUUUUUUUAAAAGCAUUAACUAGAUUUUUUUUUCUGGGAGCGGGUAUGGGCCACUUUUUUGCUCCCCCGAUGGGUUUUUCGGAGGUGAAGGCGCAGGAGCCCGGCUGCUUCAGAUGAAGUGAGCAGCUCAGGUUUUCGUUUGGAGGAUUUGCGACAUGGGCUGAGCUCCUGUGAUGACUCUUUUCUCCUGAAAGCUGUUAAAUUAUCCGAGGAUGGACAACGGAAAACGGAGACGGAUAAAACUGUAACUUUUUCGGACUGAUUGUCAUUUAAAUCUUUUCACCUUCGCAUGCGUCAAAAGCGCAGGACCACACCGGAGCUCCUGAGCGCACCAGCUUGGAGUGAAGCGUCAUCCAAAUUUCCAAUCACUAGAUUUGGAGUUUGGUAGUUUUUUAUCAACUGGCGUUGAUAAGCAGUUUCUGAUAAGCUUUUAUUCAUAAAAAUGUUUUCGCUUAGUUUUAUUGUUAUCCAGAAUUUUGCCUUUAAUGACUAAAUAAUAAUGUGUCGUUGUGUUUUGGGUGCUGCUGCAGGCGCGUGUAUGAAAAAUGUUAUAAAAUUACCGUAGCAGGAUAAACGUUAAGUCAGCAGAUGUGGUUUUCAUUUUCCACAUAAAGUUGUUUUGACCAGAACAGCCUGUUAGGCGUGCAUAUCGAAUUGUUUGGACUUUUUAUUUAAUUUCAGAGAGUUUUGGAGGCAGUAAAGCCUUCAGUUUAAAUUUUUCAUCACUGACGCACACAUUUCUUCAUGCUUGGUUGCAAGUCUCAGUUUUAAAGUCAUCAGUAGUCUUGUUUCAGCUGGACUUCCUUCACGGCCAUUCAGGGAGUAGCUCCGUUCCUCCGUCUCCUCUCCGGACAAUGUGGCUCUCCCACCUCGCGCUGCUGCUGCUGCUCCGGUUCUCCGGUGUGCUGGUGGAGGGGAUCAACACGUGCCAGUUCAUUAACCUGGACGAGCAAAAGUCCCGGCGCAUCGAGGCGGUCCGCGGACAGAUCCUCAGCAAGCUCCGCAUCCGCAGCCCGCCGGACCCGACCAAGGCCGAACCGUCUGGCUCGGUGCCCCCGGAGGUCAUGCUGCUGUACAACAGCACGCGGGAGCUGCUGAAGGAGCGCGCUCGUCUGGCCGAGUCCGCAUGCGAGCGCGAGAGCAGCGAGGAGGACUAUUACGCCAAAGAGGUGCAGCGGAUUGACAUGCUGCCCCCCCGCACCGAUACAAAUGCGGUGCAGCCAGUAGCCCCCAACCCCCAUUACAGAGUCGUCCACUUCGACGUCAGUGGAGUGGAUUUGACCAACAGCACCCUGGUCAAAGCUGAAUUCAGGAUCUUCAGAGCUCCCAACCCGCAGGCCCGGGCGUCAGAGCAGAGAGUGGAGAUCCAUCAGCUGCUGAAGCCAGAUGAAGAAAGCACCUCCACUCAACGUUAUAUUGACUCUCGCACCGUUCAGCCACGGGUGAAGGGAUCCUGGAUAUCUGUGGACGUCACAGAAACCGUAAAGGACUGGGUGUCAGAUCCAGAGAAUAAUCUAGGCUUGAGGCUGGGCGUCCACUGUCCCUGCUGCACCUUUGUCCCAUCCACCAACAACAUUGUGCCCAACAAGAGUGAGGAACUGGAGGCGCUCUUUGCAGGUGUGGAUGAUGAGCAGCUUCGUCAGAUAAGAAAGCCGGGUCAGGUUAAAGGCCAGCCAGAUUUCAGCACCAAGACGCCGCACCUCAUCCUCACCCUGCUGCCUAGCGACAGAGUGGACAACCCGGCCAAGAAGAACCGCAAGAAGAGGGCAGCCGCCACAGACGCCACAACCUGCACUCGCGGUUCAGACCAGGGCUGCUGCCUGCGUUCGCUCUACAUUGACUUCAGGCGCGACCUCAACUGGAAGUGGAUUCACGAACCCAAAGGUUACAAAGCCAACUUCUGUGCUGGCAACUGCCCUUACCUCUGGAGUGCAAACAACCACUACAACAUGAUCCUGCCCCUGUACAACAAGCUGAACCCCGAGGCCUCCGCCUCGCCCUGCUGCGUUCCCCAGGACCUUGAGCCCCUCACCAUCAUGUACUUUAUCGGCCGCACGCCACGUGUUGAGCAACUCUCCAACAUGGUCGUCAAAUCCUGCAAGUGCCGCUGAUGGAAGCGAGUGCAGAGGAAGAGGUGAGGGAGGCGGAAAGGAGGAGGAGGAGGAGGAGAAUGAAUACAGGACUAAAACUACAAACUGCUUCGCUCAGGGGGAAAAUAAAGACGAGAGGACAGAUGGAUCCUUUGUUCAUUUACCUUCGCUAUUUGAUCACUUUUAGCAGAUGUUAUUUUUUUACGUUGCCUGAUUCAAAUGUCAGGAUUUUGCUCUCAUUCUUUACAGGCAUGAAAAACCUUCUCAGAUCAUUUCUCUUGACAUUCUCUGGAAGUUUCUGUUUGAUAUAAGACACUGUAAAUAUGACAACAUAGCUGUAUUAAACCUGUACUUGGACAUUAAAA